AUGUCUGAUAUAGACUUGGAAUAUGAUAAGCUGAUGCCUAUGUAUCAGGACUAUCAUGAUACAUAUACAGCACUCUAUAGAUUGCAUACUUAUGAUGAAGAUGAGCUUCUUCAAAUUUAUCAGAUGGUCAAAACGAACUUGAUUGACAAGAAUGUGUUCAUGCCUUAUCAGAUAUUAGAACAAAUAAGCAAGAUAUUCAAGUAUAAUAAUCGCUAUUUGAAGUCGUACUGGUUUAUUUUUAAAAAGAUUUACGAAGAAUACAAACCAGAAAAGAUUGACAAUAUAUCAACAGCUUUCAACUACUUUGUAUAUCAAGAAUAUGGUACAAUAUUAAGUUUUCGUAAGAAACCUCGAUUCAAAUAUAUGGACAAUUUAUCAAUCAAUAUUCAUGAAGAAAACAAUAUAUUCAGUGCAAUAAUGUAUGAUGAUGUCAAAUCAUUUAUUGGAUUCACGCAAAACGAUAACUUUAAUGAAAGCCAACAAUUAUGCACAAGGUAUUUAUAUCCUCAUAAAAAAUAUCAGAGACAAUCGGAUGUUUAUUCAUUCAUUGAACCAUAUUGUUAUUUGUACCCUCAAAUGGAUUUUUUUUUCUUUGAUUGA